CGAGUGCGCGGAUUAUUUUGAACGUUGGAGGCUCGGGGCCGCAGCUUGAUCUUGCCGGAGUGUCUCGGUUUUUUGUUAUUAAUCUUCCCCCCAUCCAGCCUGACUGCAGCGUAGGAGGUGACCCGCUAUGGAUCUGGGGCAGAACCGCUUCAGCGAGCGCUACAAGGCAGCGGCCGCGCGGGGAGUGGAGGCGCUGAGGGUGAAGCAAGCCCGAAGCCGGGCCCACAGCCAGAAGGAGAACCGCGACCGCCAGCUCCGAAAGAGCCGACGCUUCGACACCCUCCCGCUGAUGGCCCUGCAGGAGGUGGAGGCUGAGGAGCCUGGGCCGCCCAAAUCUUCUGAGGCAGCAGUUCCAUCACAGAUGACGCGACUGGAGAUGUUACGGCGUUAUAAGGAGGAGAAAAUACUGCGGAAACUGAAGGCAGAGCGCGAGAAACCUAAGCAAAUCUUCAAAGUUGGCAUUUACAAGCCGGAUGUGACUCCCUUUCAAUCACAAAAUAUCAUGAAACCAAAAGCUCCGGGUGUAGUGCCCUCGACCUCAGAUUUGAGAGUGACCAGAUCAAUGGCUAAGAAGCAAGAACUGCUCCUGAAAAAGGCACCCAGUGUACCCAAAUUCGCAGCUCCUACAAAGGUGGGUCCUGUCAAAGGUAACGUUUCCAAUAAUAGAGGCAGCUCUACAGUGGUCACUGGAACAAGGAGUCAGCACCAAGCCACCAGCCACCAAGCUGCAGGACCCAAAGUACCCAUUGCAAGGGAGAAAAAGGCUCCAUUCAGCCCUGAAGAUGAGAAACUGAAUAAGGAAGCAAGUGACAACCUGAAACCUGGAGCGGAUUCUCUGGCAGCUUUUGGCUGCUGCCACUUCCAGUGCAGCCAAAGCAGCAGUGAGAAGAGGAGGAAAGACCCAUCAAAGAAAGGUAUCCUGAACUUCUGUUAA